AUGAAUCACCACCGUCUGCAACACGCACGUCCGACCACUCUUCACCGUGCGACACACCCUGCUCACGCCACUGCUCAACCGCUUCAGCCUUCGAUCCCACAAGCGACUCGCAGCAGAUCCGGCGAGCAUCCCGCCUUGCUCCUCGUCGGCCAACAUCUUCGUUCAGCGCCUCCUUUGUACCGGCAACUCAACAUCACUGUGACCUACCAAGCCAAACACAAAUCGACGCAGCGACCGUCUGACCCUCCACUGCGAUUCGCCCAUUUCCUCUCACCCGAGACGUCGAAGACGACACUGGAUCUGUCCCUAAGGAAACACCGUGGGAAGCACUAA